CGGGCCCGGAAGGAAGUGGCGGGCGGAGGGGUGUGGCGGUUUCUGCGGUUGCGAAGGGGUUCGGACGGGUACGGAGCGCCUGGAGGGACACCUGGAUAAAGGCUCACUGAUGGCUCAGUUGGGAGCAGUUGUGGCUGUGGCUACCAGUUUCUUUUGUGCAGCUCUCUUCUCAGCCGUGCACAAGAUAGAAGAGGGACAUAUUGGGGUAUAUUACAGAGGCGGUGCCCUGCUGACUUCCACCAGCGGCCCUGGUUUCCAUCUCAUGCUCCCUUUCAUCACAUCAUAUAAGUCUGUGCAGACCACACUGCAGACAGAUGAGGUGAAGAAUGUACCUUGUGGGACUAGUGGUGGUGUGAUGAUCUACUUUGACAGAAUUGAAGUGGUGAACUUCCUGGUCCCAAGCGCAGUAUAUGAUAUAGUGAAGAACUAUACUGCCGACUAUGACAAGGCCCUCAUCUUCAACAAGAUCCACCAUGAACUGAACCAGUUCUGCAGUGUGCAUACACUUCAGGAGGUCUACAUUGAGCUCUUUGAUCAAAUUGAUGAAAAUCUCAAACUGGCUUUGCAACAGGACCUGACCUCCAUGGCCCCUGGGCUUGUCAUCCAAGCUGUGCGGGUGACAAAGCCCAAUAUACCUGAGGCGAUCCGAAGAAACUACGAGUUGAUGGAAAGUGAGAAGACAAAGCUCCUCAUUGCAGCCCAGAAACAGAAGGUGGUGGAAAAAGAAGCUGAGACAGAGCGGAAGAAGGCUCUCAUCGAGGCAGAAAAGGUGGCUCAGGUUGCAGAAAUCACCUAUGGACAGAAGGUGAUGGAGAAGGAAACUGAGAAGAAGAUUUCAGAAAUUGAAGAUGCUGCGUUCCUGGCGCGGGAGAAGGCAAAGGCUGAUGCUGAGUGCUAUACUGCUAUGAAAAUGGCCGAAGCGAAUAAGCUGAAGCUGACCCCUGAAUAUCUGCAGCUGAUGAAGUACAAGGCCAUUGCUUCCAACAGCAAGAUUUACUUUGGCAAAGACAUCCCUAACAUGUUCAUGGACUCUGCAGGCAGUCUGGGCAAGCAGUUUGAGAGCCUAGCUGACAAGCUGAGUUUUGGCUUAGAAGAUGAACCCUUGGAGGCAGAUCCAGAGGAGAAUUGAAAGAAAAUUUUUAUAUAACCUCAGAUGACACUUAAAGAGAUCUUUAUUUUUUAAUGAUGAACCAGGAUGCCCCUCCCUCUCACACUACCUUCUUUGACUGUCUUCCAAGUACUGUGGUGAGAAAAAAAGAAAUGGACUUAAAUCUAUCCCCAUGGGAAGGAAGGUCAGGGAUUGAUGAUUUUAGGAUGUUAUUCAGCUAAGUAGGUUAUAUGACUUCUUUUAAGAAUUGUAAACCACAGGUUUGAACUUUGACCUCCAGGCACUAAUUAUAGUCCUUUGAAGCUGGCUUAAUUAAGGAUGCUAUCAGUCAGGAGUGGGAGAAAUAGAGGGUGUUGCCUGUAGGUGAUUUGAUUUCCCUUAUUUGGGAAAACACAGUCCAGAUUCCUCGCCCCUGCCUCCAAGGUAGGAGAUGCCUCUAGGUGAGGCUCACACUGAGCAAAUAUGUGCUGGUAAGUUUGUCAGGAGAGCCGUGGGGAAGCAGCUGUGAGUGCUUGGCUUUCCUGGUGUUCUUGUCAGUGCAUACGUGAGUUAUUUCAGAGGUACGCUUCUUGAGCCCUCAUAAGGAAGAACCGGUGCUAGAUUCUGCUAGCUUUUCUCUACACACUACCCUCCUUGCCCUAGGGCUUAGCCUUACCAGACCUGAGGCCCUGAACCUAACUGUCCCCUAUACCUGGGCUCCUGAGCAUUAAAGAGAAAAAACCAACAUGAUAUAGAAAAAUGUUAGUUACAUGCAAACAAGUGGUUAGAAUAAGAUGGAACUUGGAGACAUUGUAGAAAAUAGGUCUACCUUUCAUCUAGCGCCAAUAUUCCACCUUUGUGUGGAAAUUACCUAAAAAUCGGUACAGCAGUCUGGUAGGGUUGGUUUCGGACUACAUUGCCAGUCAGGGUUUGGUCAUAACCACACAAUUCUUUUUAAAACUUUUCACCUAUUCUGUGAUUUGGGUUUUGUGUUUUUCCCCUCUCGGUCUGUUCACUGGUUCCAGUCAGCAUCAAGAAGACAGGGACAAACAACUCAAGUAUCUUAAUAGCUGCUAAAGUGGGAUCGUUAUGUCUGUUAGCCACUAUCAUACUUGCUUGGCAAACUCUGUAUGUUCCUUGAGAUCAAAUCUUCUUUUUAAUCCUCAUCCAAGGAUAUGUGUUAUUGUUUUUAUUGAUUUGAGAGAGAAAGAAACAUUGAUUGGUUGCCUCCUAUAUGUGUUCUGACUGGGGAUCGAACCGGCAGCCUUUUGAUGCACGGGACAAUGCUCAACCAACUGACCACCCAGCCAGGGCGAGAUCACGUGUCUUUUUAUUGUUGUAGAGAGUCAAAAUUGAAGAGCUCCUUUGAAAGAGAAAGCAGGGCCAUCCAAAAGGGUUCCUAAUUUUCAUGUAUAUGGCUUGUGCUGGGAGUUUAUCCGGUGUAGUGACAGCACGUUUUUAAAUUCAGGGCUCUAGGCAGCCACACGGGGAUCAAUUAAAUGUUCAAUUUCUAUAGACAGCUGUGUGGGUGCAAGUCAGAGUUCAUGCCCAACUACCGGGGUUGCAAGGGCUGCAUCCAAAUCUGUUCAAAUGUUUUCUUUUUCAUUACUAAUUAGGAAAAGUUUGAGUCACUCUGGAAGAUUUGAAACGGGGGAGAGCAAACAUGAAAGGAAGGUUUUCCUACAUCUUGGAAUUGGAGUUGGGCAUUGGGGGAGGGGGGCCCAGCCUAGAGAGCCCAAAAGUUGUAUACCAAAUUACUGAGGGCAGCUGUCGGGAGUUAACUUGCAAGCAUGUUGCUAUUCUCCAUGACCUUGUUAUUAGCUACCACCCCCCCCCCCCCAAAAAAAAAAUACUCCCACUAUACCCCUUUCCCUUCAGUGAAACUAUAAAUGCUACUUUCUGGCUCAAAUCUCCCCCCCCCCCCCCCCCGCUUCUUUUUUGGUCCCACACCCAGACUUCUAGUUUAUCAAAUGGCCCCAGAACUCAUGCCAGUUUGCUUCUAAGUAGCAAGUUUGGGGAACAUUCAGCCUGCCUAGGAAGAAACAAAGUGUCAGAUGUUGCCCUUCUCUUUUCUACUUUUGGGGACUAGAAUUCUCACACCACUGGUCCUGACCACACUUUGUGCAGGCAGCCAAAUGUUCCUGAGAUGAUGGAUUUGAAUGUGCUCAGAAGUCUUCGCAGAAAGCCGGCAGUCUCCCAAGACCAACAUAGGGUAUCAUUGUUAACAUAUACACCCCCCUACUCACAUUUCAAUGCCAUUAAUCACUUGUUAGGAGCAGCAUAUUACCUCCAGAAUCCCUGAUUUACAUAUUUGUCUGCUCCCUCUACUCUGAGACUUGCUACCUAGGUCACAGAAAACCCUACUUCAUUACAACUAGAUGAGGAGCAAAAGUAUCUCAGUCUCUUGGAAUAGCACGUUUGCUCAGGUUCUUUAUGUUGGAAGCCUCUCUAAUACUAACAUCCUGGGAUGUUAGUGUUGUCCCUUGCACUACAUACUCUAUGACCACAGAAGAGCACCAAUAAAGACCAGCCCCUGCUCCUUCAAAGUUAAUGUCACUUCCUCUUUAAAGUAUAUAUAUAAAUGUAGUACCCACUAGUUUAAAUCCAGUGACUGUCUGUACCUGCCUGAAUAGUACAAUCAUGGGAGUCAGCUCUUCCCUUAGCAUGGGACAACCAUGUCUGUCAGUGUGACUUUCUUUAACACUUACUAGAAAAUCUGAUCUUAACAUUUGAAUUCUAAAUACAUAAAAUGUGAUCGCCUGCAAUUUUGUAGGCAGUGAAGUCGUGGCUGCUAUUUAUAAAUGGAACGUCUAUCAAAAUAAGUAACUGUUUAUAAAAUUCAGUUGUUGUAGGAUUUUCCAAGGAAAAGUCACCUUGGUUGAAUGUUUCUCAUUAAACUUUGCAGAAGUGAUUCAUAUUCAGCACUGUUUUAAAUCAAUUUUUAUAUAAGGACAGAAUGUUUGCAAGGAAGCAAGAGUUUGUUAAUAACUUUUAUAUGACUAAAAUAAAAUAAAUUUGGAGGUAUCUAUAAUCAUAUUAAGUUGAGGAAGAAAAAAAAUCACUGAAUUUUUGUAAUACAGCAGGUCCUCAACAUCGUUUCAUUCUGAGUAGUUUUGUUAUAACAUUGAUGAGAUGCCAUAGGAACUUAACUCUUGUUUAUAUCACCUAUUCUAAUAUUAGAUUCUUGUUAUAGUAAUGACUCUAAAAUGAAUGAUAUGCUGUGUUAAUUGCCUUGGGUUGAUAGCUAGAGGAAUUGUUUUGGACAACACCAAAGGUGUGAACUUAUGUCUUAGUUUUAUUUUCAGUCUUGCUAAAUAAAAUGAAUCUUUGUAUUUACUUUUUUAUUAAAGUGAAAUUUAGCAAUAACUAAUGUACUUACUGUAUAUUAAUCCAAAAAAAACAUGUUUUAUAAAUGCUCUAUUGCAAUUUCUAUGGGUCUAUCUUUCAACACUGAGAAGUUUAUCACUUAUAGAGAGUAAAUAGUGGAAGUAAGAUCAUCAUAAAUACUGACUUAUCUAUGUUUGAGGAUAAAAUCUACAGAUGUUCAACUUAAAUAUCAUUAAGUUGAAAAUAUAUUUAUACACCUAACCUACUGAUCAUUAUGGCUUAGCCUAGCCUACCUUAAACACGCUCAGAACCACUGACAGCCUACAGCUGGGCAAAGUCAUCUAACACAAAACCUAUCUUAUAAAAGUAUUGAAUAUCUUGUGAAAUUUAUUAUGUGUAUCACUUUGGCACCAUCAUCAAGUAAAAAAAUAAGUAGGGGACCAUCUGUAUUUUGGGUAGCAACUAUUCUGUGUCUAUGAACUUAACCACUAUUCCUUUCAUUCCAUUCGGUAGGGAUCUAGCCACUGUUUUUAUUGUUUUCUUAUAAAAGUGGUAAUAGCCAAUCA